AUGGGGGAAGAGGGUAGCAGGGACGCCGAGCCAAGCAUCAGGCCCGACGUCAACAGUCAGGAUUUGAUUGAUGCUGGUCCCUCGGGGGCUCCGCCUGCCCGCCGACUCGCCAGUAAUCAGGCGGGCAACCCGAGAUCGUCCAGGAACAACCAGUCCUCCAGGGCGAAUCAGCAAGCUUCCCAGUCUCGGAGCUUCGAAUUUGUCCUUGUAACCGAUAGCGAGUCGCGACGUCAGGUCCGCCGCCAUGCAAUGCGCCAGUACAUGCAUCAGCGGCGCUUGGACAGCAUUGCUCGACUGGGGACCUCUCGUGUACCGGUUAGCGGUUGGAGUACUCGUCCCGCCUCAAAUCCUGCGGCUUCGGGGCUGUCCCCUCGGAUCAAAGAUGCGCAGGAUGAUUCUCCUACGAAGUCGGAGCGCGAGUCACCAUCCACGGACGAGGAGCAAGGCACUGCCCAGGGAUGGCAAGAGCCCUCCUCGCAGCUGUUAAUCCCUAAAGUCCAGACUAUCAAACGGGAAGAAGAGCCGUCUCCGGUAAUGAGUAGCUUCCAAUCUUCAGAUCCCCGCGCCUCUCCUGGGGAAGGGGGCGUCCGGGACCCGUUUGGCUGCUAUCCUAUCCCGAUCUGUCAUGCGGAUCAUGAAUUGAUCCAACACUUUGUGGUGACCUAUCCAUCUAUGAUGUAUAAGUUUGUCGAUCGCAUUACAGACAACCCCAUGAUGGAAAUAUUUCGGCAAUUCGCUCUACAUGACGAUCUUCCAUUCCAAGCUAUGCUUGCUAUUGCCUCCAAGCAUCGCGCAGGUGUAGAGGGGAAGACUGAGUCGGUUCAAAGUCUUACCCACAAGAUGCGAGCCUUGAGGAUGAUGAACGAACGCAUUCAUGCAGACUCGACAGGUCAAAAUGACGGGACCAUUUACUCAGUGGCUACCAUGGCUGUUAUCGAGAAAUGGUCUAAAGAUGCUUCCAUCGAGCGUAUGCACUUUCGAGGGCUGGCGUCGAUGAUCAGAAAUCGCGGAGGGAUGCGAGGAAUGCGCGUCUCCAGUCCUUUCUUGGAAAAAGUUCUCUAUUGGUAG